CCUGGUUGAAGUCGCCCAGUGUCGUGGUUGUCAGGGGCGCGAACUUCUCCGUGCCGGAAUUGGAGACGACGAUGUCGAGGUAUUGGAAUUCGUCGAUGACUUUGCAGAAGAGCGCGUCUAUCUCUUCCACCUGUGUAAGGUCUGCUUGGAUUGCCACGGCCCGCACGCCGUAGGAUUCGAUUUCUUUGACCAGCUUCUCGGCGGAGUUGGGGCUGUGGGCAUAGUUGACGGCGACUGAGGCGCCCUUUUUGGCGAGUUCCAAUGCUAUUCCAGCGCCGAUGCCCCGUCCGCCACCGGUUACCAGGGCGAAUUUUCCUGCCAGGGGCUUGUAGUUGGAGUCCAUGGUGUGGUGAAUAGGAUAUAGGAUGAUACGAGAGAACUAAGGGGGGUAGAGACGAUGAAUACUGUGAGGAGAACACAAUUUAUAUGCUUACCCCGGCAUGAGACAUCGGAGGAUAAACAACCUUGAAUGCCAGGGAAACCAUGGCAUUUCCAAGCUGAAGACCCAUGCUUUAAACCCCGGUUGGACCGUGUCUCGGAUGAUAAGAUGGAUGCUGGUUCAAAGCAGGAUUGGUGCUAUAGAUAUCAGCGCAUAGGAAUCCUCCACCUCCCUACUUACCUCUACCUCUCUCCAUGGAGGUCUCCAGGAAACGUCGCUACAGCAUGCUUUACAAAGCGCAAGACGAACACAGUCCACCCCGUGGGUAUCACCAGGUCGCGGUGGUCAUCAUCCUGUGUAUGUCCCACUUGCUCACGCAGGCUGGCCUGGGACAGGCUAUUGCUCCACUGUACAUCAUCGCCGGCGACCUGAACCCCAGGUCGCCCGGAGAACUGCGAUGGUACGCGGCCGCAUACAGCUUGACCGCGGGCACCUUCAUCCUGAUCGCGGGCCGCCUUGGUGACAUGUACGGUAACCGUCUCAUGGUGAUUGUCGGAUAUGUCUGGUUCGCUGUAUGGUCGUUGGUCGCUGGCUUCGGCGUCUAUGGCGGACAUAUCCUUUUCAUCGUCUCGCGGGCACUGCAAGGUAUCGGGCCUGCGAUUCUGCUGCCCAACUCGCUCGCGAUACUGGGAAAGGUAUACCCUCCCGGCUGGAAGAAGAAUGUCGUCUUCUGUGUCUUUGGUGCAUUGGCUCCGAACGGGUUUGUGCUGGGCGCUCUGUUCUCGAGCAUCUUCGCCGAGCUCGCUUGGUGGCCGUGGGCGUACUGGGUCAUGGCCAUCGUGUGUGUUGUCCUGUCUAUCCUGACAUACCUGGUCGUUCCAGCCCCAGCAUCCCUUUCCACUGCAGAUAGGGGUGUCCUGGAUAUCUUCGGUUCCAUCACCGGGGUGGCGGGACUGGUCGUGUUUAACAUCGCCUGGAAUCAAGGCCCCAGCGUCGGCUGGCAAAAUGCAUACACGUACAUCCUUCUCAUCAUCGGAGUCGUGCUUUUCACCCUGUUCUUCCUCAUAGAAUCCCGCGUUAAACACCCCGUCGUGCCGGUGAAGGCGUUCAACCUCGACACCAUCCUCCUCCUCGGCUGCAUUGGAUGCGGCUGGUCGAGCUUCGGCAUCUGGCUCUUCUACAGCUGGGAGUUGUCCUUGGAACUCAGACAUUACAGGCCGCUCAGCGUCGCAGCCCAGUUCGUCCCUGUCGGCAUAUCCGGUAUUCUGGCUGCGGCUUCGGUGCCGUUCCUGAUGCGCCGGUUCGGCCCACAGUAUAUCAUGCUGUUGGCCAUGACGGCGUUCACGGUUGGCUCUGUCCUGAUAGCAACGGCACCGGUGAACCAGGUUUACUGGGCGCAGACUUUUGUAUCUAUCAUCGUCAUGCCGUGGGGCAUGGACCUUUCAUUCCCCUCCGCCAACCUCAUCCUAAGCAACUCCACCCCGCGAGAGCACCAGGGGGUCGCGGCCUCGCUGGUCAACACAGUAAUCAACUACUCAAUCGCCAUCGGACUCGGCGUUGCAGGGACCGUCGAGUCGCAGGUGAAUAGGGACGGGAGGGACGUUCUACGUGGCUUUCGAGGCGCUUAUUACGCGGGAAUUGGCCUGGCCGCAACGAGCCUGAUCGUCUCGUUGGUUUUUGUGGUUACGAGAUUUCGGAGGGUGGAGGUCAGUCAGCUCAAGACAGCUGAUAGCAGCCAUAAUAGUAGUACGACUGAGGUUGGGUCCGGGACUGAGAUCGGCUGAUCGUUCUUUUGUCACUGCCUAAGUAAUUCUGUCUGGUUCAGGUGUCUACUCGGUUAUGACAGGUUAAUGAUACUGUUCUUGGUAGACGGAUUACCAGGAAAUCCAGAACAAUCCCUUGCUUUGCAUCCAAGCAGAUAUUAUACUAUCCACCCCUUUCGGGAAUGUGGCAUCCUUUGCUACAUGCAAGUUGGCAGCGCAUCG